AUGCCAUCUCCUCAUCCCGAUAAUGAUUUAAUUGAUGAAAAUGAUCUUGUUACUAAAGAUGUUUCUUGGGAAAAUGAAGAGGUUACUAACCUUUCUGAUAACAAUGCAGAUGUGAUCGAGAAUGAAGAAGAUGGAUGCGAUGAUGAUUGUAGUGGAUCUAAAAUAGGGAUAGGAUAUUCAGGUGACAGUUAUUCCACUGUUAACUGGUUCUCCUGGAAUUGUGAUAUACCAAACAAAACUUCUAUUCGGGAUGACUGUAAUGGGCAUCUACCUAAACCUAAGACCCACAAGCACGAUAAUGUAGUGGUUGAAUGUUUUGAUUUGAAUUCUGCCUUUUGUGAUGAAAAAGUUAUGUGUGAACCUCCUGUGUUUGUUCGAGAAUUGAAACAAAACAGAUUCAGAAAAUUCCUCACAGAGGAAAUUCCAGAAUUUGUUCCAUCUCACAGAAGUAUGUCAGAGUCAGAGAAAGAGCUAAAUGAAGAAAGCAGCAGCGAAGACUCAAGCACCACAACUUCAGAAGGUAGUGAAGGAAGCUCAAGUGAGGAUCAAUGCGAUUCAGAUUUUCAGUCAUAUCAAGAAGGGGGGAGCUCAAAUGACUCAGAAACUUUAGUAACAAAUGCUGGUAAAAAGGUUAAAAACCUUGAACCAUCGGGUGUUCAAGAACCAACAACCCCAAACGACUCUGCAGGUCUAGUAAAUCAAGAUCCAUUGGAAAAAGACUUCCAUGUCGAUGACUGCACGAGUUCAGAUGAUGAAUCAAAGACAAAUGAAAGUCUUGGGGAGUCAAAGAUCAAAAGAUCAUCUGAAGUUGUCGAACCUCAUGUUUGUCAACAUGCUGAGUCAAGCUCAAAGCAAUCCCCGCCCCUAGUUGCAUCACACGGAACUGCAAAGUCUCAAAAGCCAUUCAAGGCUUGUUUUAGGUGUGGAAAAGAAGGUCAUGUGCUCAAGCAAUGCCAAGAACGACAUGAUCCAGACGGUAAAGGCAACUAG